CUGGGCUGGAUGGCCCUGGCCGAGGGCGGCUGGUGCUUGCUGAAGCGCUGCGGGCCCGACGCGCCCCCAGGCCGGGAGCUGCCUAACUCGCCCGCGUCGCUGUCACCGUCCGGCUGCUCCCCGUCGCGGACGGCCAAGCCCGAGAGCCUGGCCGAAGGCAGGGCCUUACGCGGCCCCUUCGUCUCUCUGGCGUCCGCGCCGUCCAGCCUGCCCAGCUGGGAGGACCUGCUGCUCUUCGCCGACCUGGAUCAGGCCAACAAGCUGCUGUGGUCCAGCCGCGCCUCGGCCAAGCUGAGCCCGGAGCCCGGCCCGCCGCCGCCGCCGCCCGUCGAGGACAUGUACCACCCGCACCAGAGCCUGCAAGGCGGUGCCUACGAGGGACCCGCGCCCGCCGGCUUCGCCUCCCACGCCGCCGCCGGCGGCUCCCCGGUCUACGUGCCCACCACCCGCGUGGGCUCCAUGCUGCCCUACCUGCAGAGCCCCGCCGGGGCCGGCCAAGGGGGGCCACAGCCGGCCUGGCCGCCCCCCUGGCCAGCCGGCCCCUUCGACAACUCGGUGCUCCACUGCCUGCCCAGCCGGCCGCCCCUCGCCGUGCGCCCCUCCAGCGCAGACCUCCUGGACGAUCUGUCCGAGAGCCGGGAAUGUGUCAAUUGCGGCUCCAUCCAGACCCCCUUGUGGAGACGGGAUGGCACUGGAAACUAUUUAUGCAAUGCCUGUGGACUGUAUACCAAGAUGAAUGGCCUCAGCAGACCCCUCAUCAAGCCCCAGAAGAGAGUGCCUUCUUCAAGACGACUGGGCUUGUCUUGUGCCAACUGUCACACUACGACCACCACCCUCUGGCGCAGGAACGCAGAAGGAGAGCCUGUUUGCAAUGCCUGUGGCCUCUACAUGAAGCUUCACGGGGUGCCUCGACCCCUUGCUAUGAAAAAAGAGGGAAUUCAAACCAGGAAACGGAAACCAAAGAACAUAACUAAGACAAAGUCAUGCUCUGGUAAUAAUAGCAAUAAUGCAGUUCCUAUAACUCCAACUUCCACGUCUUCUACGAACUCAGAUGACUGUAGCAAAAAUGCUUCCCCUAGUACACAAACCACAGCCUCAGGGGCAGUCUCUUCAGUGAUGCCAAGCCGAGGAGAGAGCACCAGUCCUGAGACUAGCACACUCAAAUACUCAGGUCAGGAAGGGCUAUAUUCAGGAGUCAGCCUGACCUCUACUGCAGAAGUUACAGCCUCCGUGAGACAAGAUUCCUGGUGCGCCUUGGCACUAGCAUGAACUGGUGGUGAUAGAGACGGAUACUUACACUGGGCUGCAACCCGUAGUUGGCUACCCUUUGCGUUUUGUAUUUUCCUUGUAUCGAGCAGACCAAGAAGCAAUGAAAGUGCUGGCAGGGAUAUUCCUUGCCAGUUGUCUCGGUGCCUUGAUUCUAGAGGUGCUUACUCUCAAGGUCUCUGUUUGAUUGUCCAGAUCCUCAGCUAUGCAAGAGAAUCAAGGGAACUUAAGCCACUUCUGUUAGUCCCACCUCCACCAGGGGUGCCCUUCUGCACUAUUGAUAAAUCCCAGAAGUAAAUCUUCACCACGGCUACCAGCGCUGCCUUAUGCAUUUGAGGAUUAUGAUGUAUUUGUGUCACUCCCACUCAACUGACAUUCAGGAUCUGAUUGGUGUUGACAUUUCUUGUAGACAAAAGUAGGCAAAAGCUUUCAUUAUCAGGGAUAGUGCGACACAGAACAGCUAAUGAGCAUGUGGCUGAUUCCAACGCGUGCAUCAUGCAACUUGACAGUUUGAUGUGUUCUCCUCUCCCAAGUCAGUGUUCCAGCUACAGUCUUCUCCUCACAGCAUGCCCACGUUUCUGAAUAGCUUUUAAAAAACAAAACAGAUUUCAGUCUCACCCAACAAAGUAAAUCAUAUUUGGUGCACCCUUCUCAAGUUAGGACUGGCUAACAAGAACGUUUGUUUAAAGUAUUUGCAAGGCUGCAUUAUUGCUUUUCACAUGUACUGUG